UCGACCUUGAUAAUUCCGCAUAUCACAAAAACCUCAUCCAAUAAUUGUUAAUUAUGUUGUACGUUCUGUAUAUAAAAACAUCAUUUUUGUGAAAAGUAAACUUGAAGUUUUGCAUAAAUUUAAAGAUUUAUAAUUUUGUCUUGUCGUCUAUCUUGCAUUGCUAACUUGUUUUUUUAUAGAAUGACCCUGACACAGAGGAGUGCCAACCGCCAAUAAGCGAAGGUGGAAAGUACGUCAUGUACGAUAAGGCAUCAAAUGGAGGUCGAUUGAACAAUAAUAAAUUCUCAAAUUGCAGCAUUCGAGCAAUCAUUCAUACCUUGCAAACAGUUAAUCGUCCCUUGAUAAAAGAUAGGAAUGAUAAUGAACAGUUACUGUGCAUCGAAGUUCCAAAGAGAAUCAUCGUUCGGCGACCGACAUGCGGCGACACAAUCCGUCAGAAUCAAGAACAAUGUGAUUGCGGAACGCCAGAGGAAUGUAAGACCAGUGAUCCUGGAAACUGCUGUGAUCCAAAGACAUGUAAACUGCGUGCUGGAUCUUAUUGCAGCGUCAACGAUGGUAAGGUGUAGUUUAUACAAUAUUAACUGCUAUUUUCACUCGACCUUUGAAUGGCAAUGUUUGAACGUUCAAGCAAGUAGCGGCCCCCCCCCCCAAAAAAAAAAUACUCACAAAAUGCAUAUCUAAUAUAUUCAAAACGAUAUUGUAUAUAAAAUCGACACUAUUUCAAUGCCUUAUUAUAAAACCUCGGUCUAAACAGUUUCCCGCUCAGUUUCUCGCUGGUUCGUUGAAUAACAAUAUACUUUGAUAGAAAACUUCGAUUUGUCAUCUAUAAAGGGACACAUACUGUAUUUGCAAGCAUGCUCUUGUUUUGUUAUAGACAGGGAUAAAUUUUCCCCUAUAUGCUUUCUCCUUCACAGAGGCUUUUAAAGGAAUAAAUUCGAAGGAAUAAAUUUUAAAUUGCGCUAGAAGGUACCUGGUCUAGCGCAAUUUUAAAUUUAUUCCUUCGAAUUUAUUCCUUUAGAAGCCUCUGUGGAGAAGAGAGCCCUAUAUGCCUCUUAGCUUCGUUACGCGAUACCGCUUGUGAUACACCCCCCCCCUCCCCCCCUUGUGACACUAUGUGACUCCAGAUCAAACAUUCCCCUAUCCCUACGAGCGCCACGUAUUUUGUGAAUGACCCCUAAAACACAUAUUCGCAUUCUCAAAUUUCAGGUCCAUGUUGUGACCCAAUGACUUGCAGCCACAGAAGCGCGGACUAUACUUGCCGUCCAGGUGAUGAAUGCGCCUUUGCUGCCCGAUGUCGUAACCUUCGCGGUUUCGCGAACUACCAGUGCCCAGGCAGGGUAAAGAAAGGCAACUAUAAGCCAUGUGCUACUGAAUCCCAAGUGUGUUUGGACGGAAUCUGUUCCAAUUCUGUGUGCCGAAGGUAUGGUCUGACUGAAUGCCAGUGCUCUGACACAAAGUUUCAGUGCUAUGUUUGCUGUAAUUUCCUCAAUAGAUGUGAACCAGCACUGCAUAUCCCCAAGGUGAGUAAAUGUGUUAAAACAUCGACUGCCGUAAUUUGUUAGUGUAUUACUGGUAAAUAUCAUAUGAUGGCGAGUAUAUUCUAUAGACCAAAUUUUGAUCUCGGCAAGAAGAACAAAAUCCAUCACCACAGCUAGAAAACGCAUGUUAAAAUUAGUAAAAUUGUAUGGUUUGGUUGCGAAACGUUGUAAAAUGCGGAAAAUAUAGAUUAUAGCUCAAAUGCUGUGCAUUUCCCCGCGCGUAAUACAAAUUAUAAUAUAUCCAAAUAUGCAAAUUUCGUAGCCGUAGGGCUAUAUUUUCCGCAUUUUACAACAUUUCGCAACCAAACUUUGCAUGCAAUUUUACUAAUUUUAACAUGCCCUUUCUGGCUGUGGUGUUGGAUUUUGUUCUUCUUGCCUAGAUCAAAAUUUAGUGUAUAGCUGGAAUCAUUCAUUACUGUAAGGUCUUACCUUUGAUUAGACGUAUUAAUUACUGUUGCAAUUACUGAGCGGCUAUGGCCUGUGUUAAACAAAGGUGUUGUUUUAAUGAAAAAUAGUCAUUUUGUGUGUGUUUUUAGUUCAAAUUCAUGCCUCUUUCUCGACUAGGUGACAGGCUUCAGAAAGCCAACUCUGCCGAUAGGGGCACCCUGUGGUAACGACACUGGAUUCUGUGAUUUAUUUCAUGUUUGUCAAGUUGUGGACUUGGAGACACCGAAGAAAAAUAUUGAAGGACUGUACUAUAAGAGAGAAGGCAAGUAUAUAUCAUGAUAUUAUGCAUUUUCAUCAAGGCUUUUCAUAUUAAAUCUCAUUAACGUUGGUUUUGCUGAUGUCAAAAACAGGGUUAGCCAUAUCUGGGUAAAAUAUUUGCAUGACCUUGUGACGCAUUGACGUGCAUAAUCCAAAAUGGCGGACGUACAGAUCACUGUAUGCAUGAUUUAUGCAGAACUCCACGUCAACCUGUCAUGUUUUUUUUAUCAGACAAAUGUCAGAGGAAUGGGGCGAGCUUGAUUUAUAAAUUGACAUUUACGUGCAUUCUACACGCAUUUUUGGGCUGCCCUAUGAUUUAAUAAUUUACGGUAAUUGGCAAUAGGCAAUUCCAGCCAUAGACUAAAUUUUGAUCUAGGCAAGAUGAACAAAAUACAUCACCACAGCUAGAAAGAGCAUGUUAAAAUUAGUAAAAUGGCAAAGUUUGGCCGCGAAAUGUUGUAAAAUGCGGAAAAUAUAGCCCUGCGAAAUUUGCAAAUUUUGUUGCAACUAUUUCGCAACCAAACUUUGUAAUUUGACUAAUUUUAACAUGCUCUUUCUAGCUGUGGUGAUGGAUUCUGUUCUUCUUGUCCAGAAUCAUCCAUUGAUGUAACAUGUCAUAUUCUACUUUUUCAUACAGAUGUACAAACGAUCACACGAAAAUAUUGGUGGGCCAUUUUGCUUGGUACACUUGCUUGGAUUGCUUUUAUUGCGCUUCUUGUUUUCUGUGUAAAUAGGCAUACUCCAAGUAGCAUCCCGAAACGUAACCCACGGAUGGAAAUGAACUUACUUCAUAGCAACGGCAACGGAAAAUAACUUUGUUCAAAUAACACGAUAGAUUUUGCUUAAUAUGCCUGUUCCACAAGUUGCUAAAUAUUUUAUAGCCUGUUAACAUUUUGUAUAUUUUGUUAAAUGUUUUGGUACGUUUAUACUGUCUACUGAUAAACUUGUUAGCGUAAGAGUCGGGGGGAGUUUAGCAUGGAAUUUUUUUUUUUGACAAGCCGGGCAAAAUGCGAAUAAGUCGUGCAAACUUCUCCCCCCCCCCCCCUCCGCCUUGUUUUUUCCUCCCAUGCGCCCAUGGAUGAACUCCAAAUAGAAUGAACUUUGAUAAUAUGCAAUGCAUUAUAAAGAAACAAUACUGUUUGAAACAGGCACACCAUAGAUGUAUUUAACAUCCACUACCAUUUAAUUUCCACUACCGACGCAUAAUUUGAUUGGUUAAAUGGGUAGAUUAAAUGCAUCUGAUUGACUAAUGUAUUAAGGGUUUAGCGAAAGUCAAAAUUGGACUUCUCUGAUAGUCCAACAUCAAAACGAUUCAUUGAAUUUACAGUAGAGACUUGCAAGCUCUUAUGACGGCGUACCUCUUGGCAACUUGUGGACAGCUUUAUGCUUCUUAUAAGAACGUUGAUGUAAAUGUCAUUACUUGCGCAUGCAGUAUAUAUAGACUUUGUAUAGUUAGUAGCCAUAGAGGACGCUACUACUUUAGAUUUUGAAAUUUAUACAUAUAACAUAAUAGCCCUAUGUACGUGUUUUUUACUGAUAGCCAGAUUUGCUAGGAAAAUCCUAAUACCAAUCCUAAACCUUUUCGGGAUGGUAUUAUGCAAAGUCAGUGUUAACUUUGUUUCGUUUUUUAACUGUAAAUCAGGCUAUAUUUACCAUUUAGGUCAUAUGCAUGAGUUCAUGUACACCGAGGGCAUGUAUAGGAUUGUGUGACCAUGCUUGGUGGUAAUAUGGAAUGUCUUUUACAUCCCCAUUCUUCUUGUCAACUUAGUUAAUAUAAAUAAAUAAAUGUAAUAGCUAGCAAGAUUCUUGG